CGGAUAUUAUCAGCUACUGAAAAGACAACGAAAAUGUUUAUGACAUGCGUUAAUACUUUUAUUAGUUUUUAUUCAUCAUUUCUAGUAAUUAACUAAUGAAAAUGUAAAUUAUUAGAUAGUAUUCCAGUUUUAAUAAAAGAUUACCUUUAUUUACAGAUAAUAAAACGACAAAUUGAAGAUGAACGAAUUAAGUGUAACCUACCAAAAAACAUGAGUUUGACAUAGUAUUUAGUUGUAGUGAAAUCAUGUGCAUGGAUUCUGUUGCUACUGUUUUCUCAUUACGACAAGAUGCACUCAAUACUUUCACAAAAAUGUGGUACCAUGUUUUUCUAUGGGCCCUAUUUUCCUCAAUUUUUGUUCAUACAGCUGCAGCAAUAAUAGCAUUUUUAACAUUACGUAAGCAUAAAUAUGGAAAAUAUUUUCCAAUACUAAUCCUAGUAAUGGGUGUUUUACCACCUAUAACAUCUGGCAUUGUUAGUAGUGCAGUUAUCGCUUUUGUGUAUAGAGCAUCAAGUUACCCAAUGGAACCGUUAUAUGCCCUAUUUUGGGGUGUAGGUCAGACUGUACUAUCUGCCUCUAUAGGUUUUACACGAAUAUUAGCAACUUUGUAAUGGUAUAGCAUUUUUACUCACGAGCAGAGUAGUUUAAGAGUAAGCCGAUAUUAUUUAAUGUGAUAUAUUGUUAGGUAUCCUAAAUAUACUGGUGCUAGUUUCUAGGUAAUUUAAAAACUAUGUUUAAUUAUAUCACAUUCAGUAAAGGUCCUGACUAGACCUUUCUGCAUCUUUUAUUUAAGUAAGUUUUGUAUAUAUUGCACUGUAAAUAAAAUUGAUGAGUUACAA